AAUGGAGGGAUACACACAGGAAGAGAGAGAAACAGAAGCAGCAAUUUAUCCAUCCGAAUCAAAAUGCUUCAUGCUAAAGGAGGUGAAGAUUAAGAAAAGCUUGGAAUCGGAAGAAACUGAAAUGGAAGAGAACGUAGAGCCACUGAUUUCGCAAGAGCAGGGACACCCAUCUUCUAUUAUCACUAAUUUAUACGUUGGCCACUUUUUAGCCCGAUGGGGUGCCAGAAUGUGGGAGUUUUCUGUUGGUUUAUACAUGAUCAGUAUAUGGCCAGACUCGUUACUUUUCGCAGCACUAUAUGGUGCCAUUGAAUCUGCUUCCACUGCAUUUUUUGGCCCCCUUGUAGGGAGAUUGGUGGAUAAAUUGACAUAUGUGCAGGUUUUGCAGCUGUGGUUGGUGAUGCAAAAUAUCUCUUUCAUUAUUGCUGGGAUCAGUGUUGUUGCAUUGCUUGUCUACCCCUCUUUAAGGUUCACUAAUUUCCCAGUUUUCAUUUUGCUGGCGGUGAUAACUGACAUCUGUGGUGCCAUUGGUGUGCUUUCAACUCUUGCUGGCACCAUCUUGAUCGAGAGAGAAUGGUUGGUAGUUAUAUCAGAAGGCCAGCCGCCGGAAUUGCUGACGCAGAUGAAUUCAGUUACAAGGCGCAUUGAUCUAACUUGCAAACUACUUGCCCCUGUGGUAACCGGGUUCAUAAUAAGCUUUGUAUCACUAAAAGCAUCUGCCAUAACAUUAGCACUCUGGAAUACCAUAUCUGUUUGGGUGGAAUAUUGGCUUUUUACAUCUGUGUAUUGUGGGAUUCCAUCUUUAGGCCAAAGCAGUGCCAGGAGGAUGGCAAGAUUUUCACCGAGUGAUCAGGAAAAGAGUGAACCUUAUUCUUUUGAGGGCGACAGCUUGCUCUCUCAUUCCGGUGAGACCUCAAAUUUGAAAGAAAGCAAGAGGAAGAAAAUUGUUGACUGGAUUUUGGAGAUCCCAUAUGUUUCUGUGUGGAAAGUGUACUUGCAGCAAGAAGUUGUCCUCCCUGGAAUAGCUCUGGCUUUGCUAUUUUUCACUGUGCUCAGUUUUGGGACUUUGAUGACUGCUACAUUGGAAUGGGAAGGCAUACCAGCAUAUGCUAUUGGAAUAGCACGAGGAGUCAGUGCUGUGAUAGGAAUAGCUGCAACAGUUUUGUAUCCAGUUUUACAAUCUCAUAUAUCCACAAUUAGAACUGGACUUUGGUCUAUCUGGUCUCAGUGGACUUGCCUGCUAUCAUGUGUUGCUUCAAUUUGGAUUCAAAAUGGCGUCCUAGCAGCAUAUGUGCUAAUGGGAGGAGUGGCUGUAUCUAGGCUCGGCUUGUGGAUGUUUGACUUAUCCGUACUUCAGCAAAUGCAGGACCUUGUUCCUGAGUCCGAUAGGUUGGUUGUUGGAGGCGUUCAGAGCUCACUUCAGUCUUCAAUGGAUUUAUUGGCAUAUAUUAUGGGAAUUGUAAUAUCCAAUCCACAGGACUUCUGGAAGUUGAUCGUAUUAUCGUUUCUGGCAGUUACAGUAGCUGCUUUCCUCUACUGCAUCCACGUGUACCGUGUGCGUAAACACUUAUUUCACUUUGAAAAAUUUCUGGGUUUUAAAUAUUCUGUAAACGCAGCUUAAGUUUUGGGAAGAGGCAUGUAUGAUAUCUACUGGUCGAAGGUAACAAUGCCCUGACGCCACUUUUGUGCUGUAAAUAACAUCUCUGUUCACUGAAGCAUAGUUGAAG